AACGGAAUUUGACUGCAAGAAGAAGAAGAAGAAGAAGAAGAAGAAUCAGUGGGAGAGAGAGAGGGGGGGAAGUAGAUCUGAAGGCUCAUAUAGCAGAGCCUCAUACGGCGGAGAUUCAGGGAGAGAAAUCCGGCCAAGGGCGGCUGAUUGUUUGGUUCCGAUCAAACAAAAAUACAAAAAUACAAAAAUACAGAAGGGGAGGGUUUUUGAAUUGCUAUGCUGAAUGACUGAUUUUUCAGCUUUUCGAACGGGCGGAUUCAAAAGGAAAAUGCCGCGCCCUUAUUUUCACAAGCUUGUGCUCUCCUCCACUAUCCAAGCUAGGAAAUUGCCUGCUGAAUGAUCAUACCACUGCAGUCGUCUUGUCAGAUAUGUUCUAUUUGUUGGAAUGGAGUUAAGUUUCUAUAUUAUCAAUCAUUUGUGUGACCCCCAUCACUGGUCAAUAUUUACAGAGAAUCCCAGAAGCUUUUGUCAGGAUGAUCAGGGAUGAGCUUUCUGGAGUUGCUACCCUUACUGUUCCCGACGGCCAUGUUUGGCGUGUGGGUUUGAGGAAAGUCGAUAACAAAUUUUGGUUUGAAGAUGGUUGGCAUGGAUUUCUUGAGCAUUACUCCAUACGGGUUGGGUACUUAUUAGUAUUCAGAUACGAGGGAAACUCGGCGUUCUGUGUCUUUAUCUUUAAUCUUAAUACAUCUGAAAUAAACUACCAAUCUGCUGCACUCGGUGGUAAUCAAAGGAAUAAUUACAGCAUUCAAAACAGAAUCUUUGAAGAAUUGGAGGAUUAUGACAUUCCUGAAGCCAUUCCUUCCAAUCAGUCCAUGAAUUCUGGUUCUUUGCGGAAUAAGCUAUUUGGUGAUGAAUGGAAUCCGCACCAAUCAAAGUCUGCAAGUACGUUGCAAGCCGAGUAUUUAUCUACUCGUGAUAUUGGGGUUCAGUUUAGUGCUAUGGAGGUUAAAAAAUCUGCAGAUGAGGUGAGAUUUCAGAAUUUGGGUGAUGAUGUACACAGAAUUAAAAAGAGUGGAGGCAAAAAGCGAAAACUUGAUUCUAGCGAGCACCAUCCAUCAUCUGCUCAUAGUGAAGAUUUAGGAGACAUUCGCUUUAGAUUUUAUGAAAGUGCCUCUGCUAGAAAGAGAACUGUGACAGCAGAAGAAAGAGAAAGAGCUAUCAACUCUGCAAAAGCUUUCGAGCCCGGUAAUCCGUUCUGCAGGGUCGUCUUGCGACCAUCGUAUCUGUAUAGAGGUUGUAUAAUGUAUUUGCCAUCUUGCUUUGCUGAAAAGAAUCUAAGUGGGGUUUCAGGAUUCAUCAAACUUCAGACACCAGACGGGAGACAGUGGCCGGUCCGAUGUCUUUAUAAAGUUGGUAGAGCGAAGUUAAGUCAGGGAUGGUAUGAGUUUUGCCUGGAAAAUAAUUUAGGGGAGGGCGACGUUUGUGUGUUCGAGCUUCUCAGGAUGAGAGAAAUCGUGCUCAAAGUUACCAUGUUUCGUGUCAUGGAAGAAGGCGGACGAAUGGCUAACCCGAAUCCUACCGGGACUAUGAAUCCUCCUCCGCUGCGAAGUGUUACCCAGAUUAAGCUGAUCAGAAACUAAUACUCCAUAUUUCCAGGUUACCCUACUGUAUCAAACCUCUUUCUUUCUUUCUUUCUUUGUGGUGGCCUGUUGUUUCUGAUCUGUUCUUGUGGAAUUAGCUGUUGUUUGAUGUUCAUAAUCUUUCCAGGUUGACAGAAAAAAAGGAUCCAUUUAGAGUUUACGUUCCAAAAAGCUGUAUUGACUUUAGUUGUAUAUAGAUUUUCAAAUUUUUGUUGAUAUCAAUCCAGACAGUGUUUGUUUUUGGUUCU